AGCGGUGACUCGCGGGCAGAGCAGGAAGGAAACCGCUCCCGAGCGCGGCGGCGUCGUCUCCAGGCCGUGCGGCUGCCGCUACAGCCAGCCAUCCGUCCGCUUGUCGGCUUGCCAGUCCACCCGCAGCAUGAGCGGCCUGCGCGUCUACAGCACGUCGGUCACCGGCUCCCGCGAAAUCAAGUCCCAGCAGAGCGAGGUGACCCGCAUCCUGGAUGGGAAGCGCAUCCAGUACCAGCUAGUGGACAUCUCCCAGGACAACGCCCUGCGGGAUGAGAUGCGAGCCUUGGCGGGCAACCCCAAGGCCACCCCACCCCAGAUUGUCAACGGGGACCAGUACUGUGGGGACUAUGAGCUUUUCGUGGAGGCUGUGGAACAAAACACACUGCAGGAGUUCCUGAAACUGGCCUGAGCCCACCGGACUCCAUCACCACGUCCCCCCGCAGCCACCGCCGGCCAUGAAGGACCUUGUGACCAACUCCCUGUCAUUCCUAGCCUUCCGACCUUGGAAUCUCUCCCCGCAACCCAAGCCCCCCUCCUCCCCCUCUCUAAUUUAGCCCCCUCUUCUCCCAUUCAAAGGCAACAUUCCUUACCCACUAGUCUCAGAAAUUGUCUUAAGCAACAGCCCAAGUGCUGGCUGUUGUCAGCCAGGCCCUGAGGCUGCCACCCUUCUGGCACUGGCUGAUGGGCACCUUUGUGGGUUCCAUUAGCCAGGGCUCUGCCAAAGGCCCCGCAUUCCUUGUCCCCUAGAGACAAUUAAAUGUCCCAUUCCACUGA